AUGACCAACUACCACGACACCGAAAGCCUGGAAUACUCCUCCGACACCUCUGAUGAUGGCCGCUUCUCUCCCCACCCCACGGGUCGCAUUAAGCGCUACACAAGGCCCUUAAUCGAUUACGUGCGCAACGAAUGGCAAACUAACGCCAAAUACUCCCAUCUCGCCAACCCCGACCAGCCCUCUGAACCCUCCAGAUUCGUCCAACUCUUCCUGUCUAUUGUCACUGCGCCGCGCUUCCGUCGCUAUGUCGUGGUGUACUUGACCCUUGUGAUAACGUGUCUGCUGGGAUGGCUGUAUAUCCUCUCUCCGCGGCUAGCGGAGCAUGCGUCGUUGUUGCGGGCGCUAGAUCCAGAGGUGAAGGAGGAAGUCGGUGGAUGGUUUGGAACGAACGCUUUCCCCGGGUUUGAUGAUGUUGUGCAGGUGGGAAAGCUGGAUACGGAGCUUUUGCCUGAGGGGGAUGAACGGCUGAUUGUUGUGGGUGAUGUGCAGGGAUGUAUGGCUGAGUUGGACCGCCUUCUUGAAGAACUCCUCUUCGAUCCGACCAACGACCACCUCAUCUUUACUGGAAACAUGAUUAGCCAGGGCCCCAACAGCACUGACGUCGUCGAUUUUGCCCGAAAGUACUCCGCAUCGUGUGUGCGUGGAAACAACGAAGACCGCGUCCUUGUUAUGCGCCACAACAUGAUCGAAGCUCAGACGUUGACUGAUACCUCUUCCGAUCAAUACCUCGAUGGUCAGUCAACAGAGCAGGCCAAAAAUGAACGUAAUCUUGCGCGUGCCCUGUCAGAAGAACAAUCAGAGUGGCUAGACGCCUGCCCAGUUAUCCUCAAUGUGGGACAGAUUCCUACCAUGGGACAGGUCGCCGUCGUGCAUGGCGGACUGAUUCCGGGCGUGGAUCUGAAUCAUCAGGAUCCGUACAGCGUGAUGAAUAUGUUAACCCUUGAUUUGGACACCCAUAUGCCUAGUCCAGAGCGGGACGGUAUGAUGUGGACUAAGUUUUUUAACAAACACCAAUCUGUCAGCUAUUCAAGCUCUAAGAGCUCGAACAAUGAUGACGACGAAGACGCAGGCGCCGCCAAAGCCACCACUGUCAUCUACGGCCACGACUCCGAAACAGGCCUCAACAUCAAUACCUAUACCAAGGGAAUUGAUACCGGCUGUGUCGCCGGCGGAAAACUCACCGCUUUCGUGAUCAGCGCCUCUGGAGAGCAGAAUAUUAUCCAGUUUGCAUCUUUCUCUCUUUAUCUCUCUGCUGGUUUGAAGGGACUAGGAUUGAUUGGUUGGAUUGGAUUAGGUAAGGGUGGACUGUAUUGUUGUAUAUCUAUCUCUACGGGAGGUAUACUCAAACACUAUGCUAUACUAUACUCAAUUCAUUACAUUUCAUUACUUAAUCUUAUACCUGAUCGGGCCCGCCAAGUUACACGUAACCUUCCCCGCUGGCUCAAGCAGGGCAUGUAUGGGUCCUUCUACUCAGCAUCAUCAGCAUCUAUCCCCAUAACCAUGAGACCAUCGUGUUCGUGGCUUGGGUCAGGCCCUGUUUCAGAGUCAAGUUCAACCUGA